AUAAUAAACAGGAUGUUGUGGGGCACGUUUUCUAACUUUGCACAUUGUGGUUUCCGUAGAUUCACGUCGCCAUGGCAAGCCGAAAAACUUCGCUCCCAAACCGGGAUAGUGAGGACAAAUACUCGAUACUAUUACCUACCUAUAACGAAAGGGAAAACCUGCCUUUGAUAGUGUGGCUUUUGGUGAAAUAUUUUGGUGAAAGUGGCUAUAACUACGAGGUAAUUAUCAUUGACGACGGAAGCCCGGAUGGGACCUUGGGGGUGGCAGAGCAGUUGCAGAAAAUAUACGGAGAGGACAAGAUACUUCUUCGACCAAGAGCAAAGAAAUUAGGACUUGGCACUGCGUACAUCCACGGCAUUAAGCAUGCUACUGGGAACUUCAUAAUCAUAAUGGACGCAGAUCUUUCCCAUCAUCCCAAAUUCAUCCCAGAAUUUAUUGAAAAGCAGAAGGAAGGUGAUUACGACCUGGUGUCGGGUACUCGAUACAAAGGGAACGGAGGCGUAUACGGCUGGGACCUGCGCAGGAAACUGAUCAGUCGGGGAGCCAACUUUUUGACUCAGGUAUUGUUGAGACCCGGUGCUUCAGACCUCACAGGCAGCUUCAGGUUGUAUAAGAAGGAGGUGUUGGAGAGUCUGGUUGAGCGGUGCGUGUCCAAGGGGUACGUCUUUCAAAUGGAGAUGAUCGUCCGCGCCAGACAGCUCAACUACUCAAUCGGAGAAGUACCCAUUUCCUUUGUAGAUCGAGUGUAUGGAGAGUCCAAACUUGGAGGGAACGAGAUUGUGUCGUUCGUGAAAGGACUGAUCACACUCUUCGCCACGACAUGAUCAGCGAUGUAAUCAUUUUGGACAUCCCUCAGUCAUAUAGGGUUCAUUUCACUCUUGAAGUCGCUGCCUAGUGGUUGUAUCAGAAUCCUUAUGUCUAGACAGUGACAUGACAGCAAAUGACAAAGGAAGACAUCUCUCCCCUGUUAGCAGUAGACAUAAAAUAAUUCUCUACCAGUAGUCGUCCAGAAUACUGAAGGAACGUAGCGCUUUACAUUCCCAUCACCCUCCCAAUGACGUUUGAACAAAGUGCAUUCCCUGACUGAAAUUUACAUUAACAAGGUUGUCAGAUGGGUUUACGUUGAACUGCCACACUUGUGAUUGUUUGUAUAAAAUUAAACAGUUUGUAUUG